GGUGAUUGGUUUCUGAAGAGGAGAGUUGGCGGCCGAAGCGACGCGGAGCCGGGGCCUAAGUCCUCGCGGGAGCUGCGGUCUCUGGAACGGGAUGGCAGCGGAGCCGGCCGGACUUGGCCCUAGGCUCACAGAUCCCGCUCUCUGGCCUGAAACAUGGCACGGGGUCCUGGCCCUUUAACCCGGCCUCGCCCCGACACGGUCGCCAUGCCCAAGAGAGGGAAGCGACUCAAGUUCCGGGCCCAAGACGCCUGCUCAGGAAGAGUGACCGUGGCGGAUUAUGCCAACUCGGAUCCGGCCGUCGUGAGGUCUGGAAGGGUCAAGAAAGCUGUCGCCAAUGCUGUUCAGCAGGAAGUAAAAUCUCUCUGUGGCUUGGAAGCCUCCCAGGUUCCUGCAGUGGAAGCUCUUUCUGGGGCUGGUGAGCCCUGUGACAUCAUCGACAGCAGUGGUGAGACUGAUGCCCAGGAAGAAGGCAUCCAUGAGAGAACUAUCUCCAGAAAAAAGAAAAGCAAGAGGCACAGAGACCUGAACGGGACUGGAGGAGAAGAGUAUCCCAUGGAUAUUUGGCUAUUGCUGGCCUCCUAUAUCCGUCCUGAGGACAUUGUGAAUUUUUCCCUGAUUUGUAAGAAUGCCUGGACUGUCACUUGCACUGCUGCCUUUUGGACAAGGUUGUACCGAAGACACUACACACUGGAUGCCUCUCUGCCUUUGCGCCUGCGACCAGAGUCAAUGGAGAAGCUGCACUGUCUUCGGGCAUGUGUGAUCCGAUCUCUGUACCAUAUGUAUGAGCCAUUUGCUGCUCGAAUCUCCAAGAAUCCAGCCAUUCCAGAAAGCACUCCUAGCACAUUAAAGAAUUCCAAAUGCUUACUUUUCUGGUGCAGAAAGAUUGUUGGGAACAGACAGGAACCAAUGUGGGAAUUCAACUUCAAGUUCAAAAAACAGUCCCCAAGAUUAAAGAGCAAGUGUAUGGGAGGAUUGCAGCCUCCCAUUCAAUACGAAGAUGUUCAUACCAACCCAGACCAGGACUGCUGCCUACUGCAGGUCACCACCCUCAAUUUCAUCUUUAUUCCAAUUGUCAUGGGAAUGAUAUUUACCCUGUUUACUAUCAGUGUGAGCACGGACAUGCGGCAUCAUCGAGUGAGACUGGUGUUCCAAGAUUAUCCUGUCCAUGGUGGUCAGAAACUGCGCAGUGAACAGGGUGUGCAAGUCAUCCUCGACCCAGUACACAGCGUUCGACUUUUUGACUGGUGGCAUCCUCAGUAUCCAUUUUCCCUGAGAGCAUAGAUAUUGCUUCCUGUCACUGAGGGCAGCCUUGAGCUAGGCCAGUUCAUUUGUAAUCAGAUUCCAGUUUGGGGAAUUUGGGAAUCAGAUUCCAGGGGCAGCUGGAUUGUAUAUCUAGUCAAUAAUGCACAUGCUCUUUAGGUUUCUGGGGUUCCUGGUAGAAGAAGGAGAAGGAUUGAAUCAAAAGGAAAAACAACUAUGAUUUUUAAACAUAUUUUAAUGUAAAACUUUGUAUUUGAAAGGAGAAACCUGGGCCUGUUUUCUGUGUUAAACCCCAUUUGGUGCUACUGAGUUUGUUCUUUAUUCUUUUACCCCAGCCAAAGUGGAUGAUCUUGCUUUAGGGGAAAAUUAAAUUCUUAAGUCUCCAAACAAGGAAAUUUUACCAUUCCUUUAUGUAUCAGAGUAACCUUAGAGGCAUAAAAUUGUUGCUACUCUUGCUUUCAGUUUAGCUGCCCCUCAAAUUCAAGUGAAUAUUUCCUUGUUUCCCUUUACCCUUAUCUAGAAAUAAAGCAGGUGACAGGGUUUUCAGAAUCUUAAUGAGAUUGACUUGUGUAUCUUUCUUUAAAAAUAUUUGUUGCAUAAAUGUUUUUGGCCAGUUUUGAA